CCCAGACGCGCGCGGCUGUCAGCGAAGGCGGCGGCCGCGCAUCCUCCGUCCUCCUCUUCUUCCCUCCGGGCCCACGUCGCCACAGCCCCGCGGCCAUGAGCCCCGAGCCGGUGCCGCCGCCGCCGCCGCCGCCCCCGUGUCCCGGCUGCGACUGCGGGGAGCCUUUCGCUGAGCGGUUAGAGAAGGGCGACGAGGCCUUCCGCGCGGGCGACUACGGGAUGGCAGCCGAGCUCUUCCGCUCCAUGCUGGCCGGGCUGGCGCGGCCCGACCGCGGCCUGUGCCUGCGGCUGGGGGACGCGCUGGCCCGCGCGGGCCGGAUCCCCGAGGCCCUGGGCGCCUUCCGCGGCGCCGCGCGGCUCGGCGCGCUGCGGCCCGAGGAGCUGGGCGAGCUGGCGGGCGGCCUGGCGCGCGCCCUGGGCUAGCGCGAGGGGCGGCUGCCGCCCGGGAAGCCGGGCGCGCCCCCCGCGGCGCCGGGCGGGGGGCCGUCGGCCUCGGCGCCCGCCGCGCCCCGUGAGCUGCUCGGCUGCCCGCGCUGCCGGCGGCUGCUGCACAAGCCGGUGACCCUGCCGUGCGGCCUCACGGUGUGCAAGCGCUGCGUGGAGCCGGGGCCCGCGCGGCCGCCGGCGCGGCGGGUCAGCGUGGUGCUGAGCGGCCUGCUGGAGAAGUGCUUCCCGGCCGAGUGCCGGGUGCGCAGGCUGGCCGGCCAGGCGCGGAGUCUGCAGCGCCUGCAGCAGCCCGAGGCCGCGCUGCUCCGGUGCGACCAGGCCCUGGAUCUGGCUCCUGGUGAUAACUCGUUAUUGCUGCUGCGAGCAGAGUUACAUUUAACCAUGAAGAACUAUGAGCAGGCUGUACAGGAUGCCAGUGUGGUUUGUCAGAGUGAACCUCUCUUGACUAAGGGGCAUCAUUUGAAAGCUCAGGCUCUGUCUGGAUUGGGAAGAAGUCAGGAAGUGUUGAGGGAGUUUCUCUACUGCCUUGCUUUAAAUCCUGAAUGCAACUCAGUGAAGAAAGAAGCACAGAAGGUAAUGUGUGAGGUGUUUUUUCCAGCUUCAGAAAAGGUGCAUCCAAAUUUAAUCUCUUCCAUCCAAAGCAGAACGUUGAGCACCAGAUUAAAGGCUCAGUGUCGCAGCCAUGUGAACACUCAGCCUCCCCUGGAAGAAGGUGAUAAUGCAGGGAGUUCUAAGAGUGCAUCUGAGAAAUCCGAUGUGUUUAGAAAUGCCAGUUCUUCAGUUUUAUGUUAUAUACUGGGUCUGCACUUUGAGGAGGAUAAAGAAGUGUUAGAAAGUAUCCUUCCAGUAGCACCCAGCACCGGUUUAAAGAGACAGUUUCCGGAUGAUUUGGAGAAUGUGCAAGGCGUGAACACCCCUGGAAAAAUUCCCAGGAAAGAGGCAGAUUCCUCACCUCAAAAGAACAUGAACUCUAAUGUAGGAGAAGGUCCAGAGCUCUCGAUAGAUGUAACUGACUUUGAGUGUGCCCUUUGCAUGAGGUUGCUCUUUGAGCCCGUCACUACACCAUGUGGACAUACCUUCUGCCUGAAGUGCCUUGAGCGCUGCCUCGACCACGCGCCACACUGUCCACUGUGCAAAGAGAAACUUUCGGAAUUGUUGGCAAGCAGAAAUUUUAAUAUAACUAUUCUGGCCGAAGAAUUAAUAUUUCGGUAUUUGUCGGAUGAACUGUCUGAUAGGAAGAGAAUAUAUGAUGAAGAAAUGACAGAACUAUCAAAUCUGACCAGAGACGUCCCCAUCUUUGUGUGCGCCAUGGCCUUCCCCACUGUCCCAUGUCCACUCCAAGUCUUUGAGCCCCGCUAUCGGCUUAUGAUAAGGAGAUGCAUGGAAACUGGCACCAAACGCUUUGGCAUGUGUUUAUCUGCUGAGCAUGCAGGGAUUUCAGAGUAUGGCUGCAUGCUGGAGAUUAAGGAGGUCAGAAUCUUCCCUGAUGGGAGUUCCGUGGUGGAUGCCAUUGGCAUUAGUCGGUUCAGAGUUUUAAGCCACCGUCACAGAGAUGGCUAUAACACGGCAGACAUUGAAUAUCUUGAAGACGAAAAGGUGGAAGGUCCCGAGUGUGAAGAACUUACCACUCUUCAUGAUUCAGUUUAUCAACAGUCUGUUUCCUGGUUUACUUCACUUCGGGAUCACAUGAAAGAACAAAUUUUAAGUCAUUUUGGGUUAAUGCCAGACAGGGAACCUGAGCCUCAGGGUAAUCCUAGUGGUCCUGCUUGGUCCUGGUGGAUCCUGGCGGUGUUGCCAUUGGAACGCAAGGCUCAGCUGGCUAUACUCGGCAUGACCUCGCUUAAAGAGCGUCUGCUCGCCAUUCGGAGAAUAUUAGUCAUCAUCACGCGUAAGAUGAAUAGUCGGCAAGAGCUGGUUAAUAGCAGAGAGAGAAAUAAUUGAUUUUCUCUCUCUGUCAAGGUUUCCGGAAGCCAUUGUACUUUCAUGAGGAAUGUGAGGAGGGGACGAGUAGCAUCGCAUUCAUCACAUUUUGUAAAAUGCCUGUUGAUAGUGUUACAACAUGGAACACUUAGCAGAUAUUGACUCCUACUCAAAAGUUAAGUCUGUGCCUGGUGGAAUCUGACUCUGUGCAAGGUUAGCCUGAAGUUUGAAUGGAGCCCAUGGUUGGAAAACAACCUAAGAACAUCUCUUUGAAGCAGAUGCUUCUGGCGUGUGCAGUGCACUGACAGCAUGGGCACCACAGAUGGUUUGCAAAUGGUUUAGGUUUUUGCAAGGAAGAAGGAGUCCCUUCCUAGUAAAGUACCUUGCUACACCAGAUGGGAACAGCGUGCUUCAGUGGCCAGACAGUAAGGGGGCAAUCAUAUUUUUAUCUGGAUGCAGAUUUCUCAGAGCACGGGCUAACCAAAAAUGUGCUUAGCUUUUGUGUGUCACUGUGAAAGUUGUCUGUGAAAUUGAGGAAUCAAACCAUUGUCCAGUGCAGGAGCCGAAAUUAGGCCUUACCCAAGAAGUAGCCGCUGCCGGAUAGAACUGUGUUUUGUGUCCUGCAGUGGUUCAGUUGUUGGAAAUUGCAUGUUGUAAUCAAGUGAAUGUCAAAAUACAGAAAGUGUACCUUGGAUAUAGGAAAAUCCGAGAACAGUAUAGUUGAUUUGAAGGGAUGUGUGUUUAUACACACUCAAUAAAGAGCAAAACUGAGUUAAAACUGUACAUGCAUUGGGAUGUCAAGCCUAUGACCAAACUAGUGCAAAGAACCCCUUGAAAGCAUAACCCUGUCUCAAAAGAUUCCUCAUUUAGGAAUCUUUUCAUCUUUCUACUAGGAUUUCCAUUAGAAAUUAGGCCCAUCAGUAAAUUUGAGUUCACCACCCAUCCACUAAUGCACGAAGACAUUAAAAACCUGCUCUGAAAUGGAAAUCUAUCUAUUCUAGGAAAACAUACUGGGAGAAAAUUCAAGGAGAGGGAAGCUGGUAAGGGAUGUAAAUAUUCAAGUUUUUCUCCAACACAAACCGAAAAAUUAUCUUUGUAUUUUUUGAAGUUUUACAGUGAUCAGAGCAGGUGUUACCUAUUAAAAAGCAAUACCUAUAACUUCCA